ACCUGCACAUAUCUUUUUGCACUUCAACAAAUCAACAAAACAACCUCAAAUGUUGGACUAUGAGUGGAGCAACCCGCCGCCGACCAUGUUCACCGGCUCUGUCUCCGGCGAAGAAGCCGGCUCACAAGCCGAUCACCCAAGCCGCAACAUCUUCGAUCACUACUCACAAACCUUCAACGAAACCACCCCCAACAACACACACUACCUCGACCCGAAUGACUUCCUACACCAUACCCAUAACCCGACCCAACAUUACCUCCACAACCCGACUCACUUCACUUCUAUUUACGACCCACGCGCCUACACCGGCUACAGCACGUACCCACUUGAACCGGACGGUUUAAAUGGGCAAACCGGGUUUAUGGUCAUGCCGAAGACUGAACCUGAACCGGGGGGUUGUGGUUACGAUUAUAAUAAUAAUAAUAACCGGAUUGGGUUGAAUUUGGGUGGGCGGACGUACUUCUCGUCGGCUGAGGAUGAAAUGGUGAACCGGUUAUACGGCCGGUCUAGACCGGUUGAUAUGGUGGCCCAUGUUAACUCGCCCAAGUGUCAGGCUGAAGGGUGUAAUGCUGAUCUUUCUCAUGCUAAGCAUUACCACCGUAGGCAUAAAGUGUGUGAGUUUCACUCAAAAGCGUCUACUGUCGUUGCUGCUGGGUUGACUCAGCGAUUCUGUCAACAGUGUAGCAGGUUCCAUCUUUUGUUGGAAUUCGACAAUGGAAAAAGAAGCUGUCGAAGAAGAUUAGCCGAUCAUAACCGUAGGCGUCGAAAAUCAUCACAAAAUCAAGAUCAUAGUAAGUCCCUUGUCACCCCUACAAGCACUCAAAGUUCGUCAUCUGAUAUCCCGCCAAGGUGUGAACCGGAUUUGAAAGGUUAAUUAUGGUGGCUAGCAUGAUGCUAGUGGUUCCUCCAUUACGGAAGUUCAACUGAUUGUAUCCCUCAAGUCGAUGACUAGCUAAUUAUGAAAUACCGUUGUAAUUAAUAUUUUAGAUUGUUUAAACAAAAACGGUUCCUCGAAUUUUAGUUCUCAGUUAAGUGUAUGCUAAACUUACUUAUCUUAUAUAUAGAAAUGAAUUACUAAA